ACUGACAAUAUUUGUCUCGUAAUGAAGUGCAGUUUUGGCCUAAAGUGGUUACACUAAGAGCGUAGGGGAAAUGCCCCCAAAAGGAAAGUCAAAAGGAGGUGGGGAUUCAAAGAAAGGAGCCGCAGGAAAAGAUGGAAGUAAAGGCAAGGAGGACGGCAAAGGAAAAUCCGGUGCAGGAACUUCUGUAAAGGUCCGUCAUAUUUUGUGUGAAAAGCACUCAAAAGUUAUGGAAGCAAUGGAGAAAAUAAAAGCUGGUCAGAAGUUCAAUGAAGUUGCAACACAGUACAGUGAAGACAAAGCAAGGCAUGGAGGUGACCUUGGGUGGAUGACCAGAGGCUCGAUGGUUGGCCCAUUUCAAGAUGCUGCUUUUGCAUUGCAACCAAGUACUGUUGAUAAACCAAUAUAUACAGACCCUCCUGUUAAGACCAAGUUUGGUUAUCAUAUAAUAAUGAUUGAAGGCAAAAAAUGAGAGUAAGUGAUGUAGGAA